AUGGACGCCGAGCAGCGGCAGCAGCUGUUGGACAAGCUCCAUGGGAACGCCGGCAUCGGCAUGCCGGUGGCGGGAUCCAGUGCUUUGGCGUGCUAUCAGCACCUCUACGCCCUCUACUUCAGCGACAAGGAGUACCUCAAAGCGGCCACCGUGGCAUACUCCCUGUACUCCGCGCUCGACAGAUCUCUGAGGCGCAGCGGGGAAGCGCUGCCUGCCAUGAGCCUGGCGGUAGCACCUGUGCUGGAGCAGCAGCGUGCCGCCCUGCUGAUGCUGAUCAGCGCCAGGGCAAGACAUUUUGCACUUAUGGUAAGGCCUCAAGAAUGGAACGGCGCCCUGUGUGCCAAGCGUGCUGCUUUCCACAUGCGAGCAUGGUCACGGCCAGUCCAGGCAUCAUGA